AUGGAAAUCAAGCUGAGAGAAAUCGCCCCGUUACGGGUCCAGACCGCGUUGCUGGCGGUGCCGGUUACGGACAAGGACCUCGGGGAGGGCCUGGUACGGCGCCUCGACCGCCAACUCAAGGGCAGACUGGGUGCGCUGGUGAAAAAGAGCAGUUUCGCCGCCAGGCGCGGAACCUCGCUGCUGGUGGCGACCCACGGCGCCAUGCCCACGGGCCACGUGUUGCUGGUGGGACUGGGCAAGCAUGAGGAGGACGGUCUCCAUGCCUGGCGCAUGGCCGGUGCCGCUGCCGUGAAGGAGGCCGGGCGGGUAUGGGCCGACGAGGCGAUUUUCAUGUUGCCCCCGGACCAACAGACGGAAUCCGUCGUGGGGGCGGUGACCGAGGGCGCCCUGCUCAACGCCUACCGCUUCACCAAGUAUCGGUCCAAUGACAAACAAACGGCACCGCUCCGCACGCUCAUUCUCGGGCGGACCGCGUCGGGGAGCAGCGCCGCGCUGACGCGGGCGGUGAAGCGGGCCAAGCUCUCGGUGUCGGGCGUCUGCCUCGCUCGGGACCUGGUAAACGAACCGCCGUCCACGGCUACCGCCAGCUAUCUGUCGGAGCAGGCCAAGGUUCAUUGCCGCGGCGAGGGGCUGAAGGUGGAGGUGUGGGGCAAGAGAAAGAUCGAACAAAUGAAAUUGGCGGGUCUGCUGGCGGUGAAUCAAGGCAGCCGGGAGGAACCGCGUUUCAUCCACAUGCGCUACACGCCCAAGGGCCGGCCGAAAAAGAAGAUCGCUCUCAUCGGCAAGGGAAUCACCUUCGACUCCGGCGGCCUUUCCCUCAAGCCGGCGCGGUCCAUGGAGACCAUGAAGCUGGACAUGGCGGGAGGCGCGGCAGUCAUCGGUGUGAUGAGUGUGCUACCCGAGUUGGCGCCCGACGCCGAGGUGAUUGGCCUGGUGCCGGCCACGGACAACCUGCCGGACGGCGGCGCGCAAAAACCCGGGGACGUCAUCCGGUACCUCAAUGGCAAGACCGUCGAGGUCAUGAAUACGCGCGAGGGCGGUCAUUCGCGCGGGACUUGGUGCCCUGGUCCUGGCGGCCCGCGAAAAAACCCGGACUGCAUGUUGAUCAUAUGGCCACCCUCACACGGUGCGUUGCCUGUAUCGUCGCCUUGGCACGACCGAGAUGCGGGACUGUUCAUCGACGAGAAACGACGUGAGCGCGCGGCCAGGCUAUUCGAAUGCGGCCGCAGCAUUGACCGGGGCGGGCUCUGGCAGUUGCCUCUGAGCGGCCGAGUACCGUCGAGAGACAUCAAGAGUCCCGGUCGCCGACAUCAAGAAAGAAUUGUGUGGGAGGCGGUCGGCGGCCGCGCCAUCACGGCGGCCCUGUGUCCUGCAGGAAUUCGUCAGAACGAAGUUUUUGUUCCCUGGCGCCCCUGGACAUAG